UGCACGGCGGGGAGGGGGGACCCGAACCCGGUGUGCGGCAAGUGACAUGAGGCGGCGGCGCCGGAGGCGGGACACUCGGCUCUAGCGCUUCCCUGGCCGCGCGGGAGUGACCCCCCGCCGCCGCUCCCAGGGGCCGGACCGAGCUCUUUCCUCCCCCGCCUGAGCGAGGGGAACGGGGGAGCAGCCCGGCAACAUGUUCCGCCGAGCCAGGCUCAGCGUGAAGCCCAAUGUGAGGCCCGUGGGUAGGGGCGGCGCCCCGAGCGCUCCGGCGGCCCCGGAGCCGCAGCGCGGCCAGGAUUCUGCCUCCCUGCCGGCAAGGCAAGAGCCGCAGCCCAGCGCGACAGCCUCUCCCGGAGCUGCUGCCGGUCCCCGCCCGGACCCCCCGCCCCAGCCAGAGGGGGGACAGCAGGGGAACAGAGAUGAAAGGACUGGUUGUGCAAAUGAUGAUGGAGAAGCUAGGAAACCUGCAGAUACACCUUUACAGAGAAGAAAACGAAUAUCCACUAUGCCUAAUCUGGCAAAACCCAGAGUUACACUUCCACCUGCACAACGUUCAGUAUCAAAGUCUUCUCAAAAACUAGUACCUCAGUCUGUUACUAAUGGUAACUCUUCACUUCAGAAGGAAUCCUAUCCAUCAGAGAAGAUUAAUACAGAAAGCUCCCCAAAGUCUCCCAUACUGCCUGAAAAGAAAACACCUGUCCCACAAGUGCCACAGUUUUCCCCACUUAAAAAAUCAGUGAGCAAAGAGCCAAAUGUGGGUGUAACUGCUCUCAAAAAUGAUGAAAUCCUCCAGAAGAACACACUCUGCCCUCUCAAGGAGAGACCCACCCAAGGAAGACCCACACAAGAGGAAAUGCCACAUACAAAACCCCCGCUAACAAAAGAUAAACAAAAAUGCUCAGACCGUGAAAGAAUCCUCAAAGCUCAGAAGUUAAGAGAGAUGCUCAAAGAAGAGCUUAAGAAAGAGAGGAUGAAAAGAUGGAAAAAUAGACCAACAGUAAUUGAAGGGAAAACUCCACCAGAUCAUUCCAAAAUGACUAUGAGAGACUUGAUAUACUACCUGCCAGAAAACAAUCCUAUGAAGUCUUCGCUGGCAGAAGAAAAGAAAACUGAGAAGACUUCUACACAGGUCCAAAUGAAAGAACCAGAAGAGAUACGUGCUCCUGAUCAUGAAGAUGAGGAGGCUGAGACUGAGCCAGAGGAAGGGGAGGAGAAUGAUGGUCCUCUUCUAGUUCCUCGAGUGAAAGUAGCAGAAGAUGGUACAAUUAUUCUGGAUGAAGAAAGUUUAACUGUAGAAGUUUUAAGGACAAAAGGGUCAUGUGUCGUAGAAGAAAAUGAUCCGAUCUUUGAGCGUGGCUCCACAACUACCUAUUCCAGCUUUAGGAAAAGUUUUUAUACCAAGCCGUGGUCAAAUAAAGAAACUGACAUGUUCUUCUUAGCUAUUAGCAUGGUAGGAACAGACUUCUCUCUCAUUGGUCAGCUGUUUCCUCACAGAGCAAGAACAGAGAUUAAGAACAAGUUUAAACGUGAGGAAAAAGCAAAUGGAUGGAGGAUAGAUAAAGCGUUCAAGGAAAAGCGACCAUUUGACUUUGAAUUCUUUGCCCAGUUGCUUGAGGAGGUACUAGCAGAUGAGAAAAAGAGGAAGCAAAAAGCUACUAAAAGACAAAGUUCAAAAGAGAAGAAGCCACACAAAUCUCGGAAAAAGCAAAAAGCUAAAGUUGUCAGUGGAGAAGCAGAUAAUGACCAGGAAGAUCCUCAGGGUAUCAGAAUUUCUGAUGCAGAAACAGAAGUGGAUGCUGGGACAGCCGAGAAGGAGAAUGAAGAAUCUCUGAGUGUCUCUGAACAGACAGAAGAACAGAUUAUAUUGGAGCCAGUGACAACCAAGAAGAAGAGGAAAAAGAAGAAAAAAGAUGAUUCUGAACUGGAAGUGGAGAAUCUGGCUGAAGAGGGAGCUGCCCCCACAAAACCAGCUAAGGGGGAGAAAUCCAGCAAUAAAAAAAAGAAUGCAGUGUCUGGUAUGAACAGUGAUAAUCAUACUGAAUGUGGGGAGGAACUGGAUGUUCUUAAUCAAGAAAAUGUGGAUGAGACUCCUGUCCUGGUGGAGCAAGAAUCACAUUCCUGCUUACAACUGAAUGACAAAACAGAAGAAAGUGAUCUCAGUUUAGCCAGCUUUCAAGAUACUAGUGCUGGAUUAAUAGAAUCUGAAUCUUCUGAACCAGAAACCCCAGAUAUCAUCUCUGGGUCACAGGAUUGGCAACCUUCAAAAUCUCAAGUUUCAGGUACCAGAAAUGAAAAAGGAAAUGGUGACGAGACCAGUGAAGCAAAGAACAAUGAAGUAUGUGAUUUAUAUAAACCAGAUGAAAAGGAAAGUACAGCAGGAAAAAGCCAUGAUUCUAAAUCUGAAACAAUGGAAACUGAAAAAGCUGCUGCUGGAAAGCCAUCCGUGAGAGGACGCCUGCAGAGACCUAAACCCAACUUAGCAAGGGCAUCUGGAAAGACAGAAGCAGCAGUCCAAGAGAAAUCUGAGGUCAAGAUUUCUUCUUCAGAGCCUACAGAAGGGGCUGAAAAAAUGUGUACCAUGGAAGCUGGUGAAGGUAACACAGCUGAAAUCACCAGAGAUGAAACCACAGGAAGAGAAAUCAAAGCCUUAGAGACUGAAUCCCAAGAAACUGAAAAAGCUGUUACUGAAAAAGCAGCAAUGAGAGGGCGUCGGCAGCGAUUUAAACCUAAUGUAGUAGGAGCAUCUGGGAAGAGAGAAGCUCCUGUCCAAGGUGAAGGAAAGAACAAAACUCCUCAAGAGCCUGAGGGAGCAAUUGAAAAGCAGAGUACUGACCAAGGUAACACACCUGACAGUACCAGAGGGGAAACUACAGAAAAAGAUGGGAGGAUCUCAGAGACUGAAUCUCAGUCUAAAGAAAUAUCCUGUUUUCAAGAAGGUGGCAAACAGAGUGUACUUAAACCAGCACCACUAAUGAGGGGUCGAAUGCAGAGGCCAAAACCAAAUGUAGGAAGGGCAGCUGGAAGGCAAGAAGUAUCAGCAACCAAAAAAAAUGUAGAAGAUGAAAAAAUGGAAGUUGGAGAAGCAGUGAAGAGUUUGAUACAUUGUGAAAACAAAAGUGGUGUACUCCUCACCACAGGGGAUGCAACAGGUAAUGAAGACAUCCUGCUGUGUUCUGAGAUAUCAGAAAAAGAAACCACCGCAGGAGCUGAGAAGGUGGUCUCAGUGCAUGUAAAACAGCGUUCCCAAGAGAAACUCUUGGGAUCUGAGAGUUGUGAACAAGAAAAGGAGUCAUUUUCUGUGGAUGAUUUGGAAGAUGGUUUGGAUUUUGGUACAGGAGACGCCAGUUCUCAGCAAGAAGAAGAAGUGGCUGUUCAGACAACACAUCUAUUGAGGAAUCAAUUUCAGAGGCCAAAAUCAAAUUUAGGAAAGGAAGCUGGAGGAGGGGAAGUGCCAGGACUGAAUAAAGAUGUGUCAGAGGACAGCACUGAAAAAGACAACAGUUUGAUACAGUGUGACAGUAAAUGCAGCAUGCUUCCUGACCUAGAUAAAGCAGCAAAAUGUGAAGUCAUGCCAUCCUGGCAGUCAUUAGAAAAAGAAGACCCUGCAGACUCUCAGGAAGUAUUUGCAACCCCAAUAAGCCUUCAGUCCCCUAAGAAGCUUUCAGGAUCUGAGAGUGGUGAACAAAAUGUGUCUCCUCUAUCUGCAGAUAACCAGGAGAAGACUUCAGCUGUUGCUGCCAGGCUCCACAGCAAACUCAUCUCUCAAGGAGAAAGUAAACCAGCCUUUCUUCAGCCAGCCCAGCUAGUGAGGAGCCGAUUCCAGAGGCCCAAGCCAAACAUAGGAAGGGCAGUUGGAAGGAAAGAAACACGAGCAACAGAAAAGGAUGAAACUGAAAAAAAAACUGAAGUUGAGCAAUCAGCUCUGCAAAAAGAUGAAUCUGCUGGCAUCCCCUACACUGUACACAAGCCAAAGGGUGAAAAUGAAGCUGUCUCUUCUGAAGCUUCAGGAGAUAAGUUGUUGGGCUGUGAGAAACAGACACCAGAAGGAGAAUCUCCAGUGCCUGAUAUUUACCAAAAUGUGUCAGAUGAACAAAGCAGUUCCCAAGAAGAUAAGCCAUGUGCUAUCAAACCAGCACAGCUAAUGAGGAGUUGGUUCCAGAGGGCUAGAUCAAACCUGGGAAGGGCAUAUGGCAAGAAAGAAGAGCCAGUGGCAGAAAAAGUUACUGCUCCAGUUGAAGGGGAAACAGGAAAAGCAGAGGAGAGCCCUUUACCACAUAGGGAUUCUGAUGUACAUCUCUCUCCAAAAGCUGAAGUGGAUUUGGCCCAAAAAGAUGGUUCAGAUUCCUGUGGGGUCACCUCACCAAAAAGAAGCAUUCAAUCAGAAAAACUUUGCUCCCUUGAGAAAUCUUUGAGCUGCAACAAUCAGAGCGAUCAAAGAAAGAGUUGUAUGUCUACAGAUGUUGAGAGCAGGCUUCCGAAUUAUUCUGAAAGGUCCAGUUCUGGAGAAGAAAGUAAACCAAGUGCUAUAAAACCUGCACAGCUAGUGAGGGGCCAUUUACGGAGGCCAAAGCCAAACCUAGUUAGAGCAACAAGAAAGAAAGAAGCCCUUGAAGAGGGAGAAAACACAACUGAGGAAAAGACUGAAGCUACAAAUACGGAAGAAGGUCUGGUAUCAUGUGGUAUAAAAUCAGAAAACCUAACCUCAUUACUGCACACAUCUGGUAACUUAGUAGAAGUUGCAUCCUCCACAGAGGUUCCACGGAAAAAAGAGUCUGCAGACAGUAUUGAGGCAGUGCCUCCUAAAAGGAGCAGGCAGUCCUGUAAAUUCCAGUCUCCAGAGAGAUUGUCGGAGAGUGAAAGUCAAAUAGAACAAGAGGAAGAUUCUCAGCCUCUUUAUGCUCAGGAGAAGACCUCAGACAAACUGAUAAGAAGGCAGCCUAGAAGGUCAUCCGAACAGGCAGGCCUGCCAAAACGUGUAUCUGAGCUAAGAACUUCUUCUGCCUCUGAAUGUGAAGUUGAUCGCUGUGAAAAGGGAAAACCACGUCGAAAGAUUAAACCAACUAUUACCAAAGGCAAAGGCUUGAAAACGGCCCACAGCAAGAGAUCUGGGAAAGAACAUGGGAGUUCAAAGGUAACCUUGGUGACCCUCCGAGCUUCUCAAGAGGAGGAUGAAGAUGAUGCAGAUGAAUUUGAGCUGGAUGAUGAAGAUGAAUGUUUUUCACCAGAAGAAGUAAACAAAGCUCCAGUGUUUGUUCCUGUAGGUCUUCGAUCUCCAAAACCUAUUCCUGUCCAGAUUGAGGAAACCAUGGAAGAGCUUGAAAUAUCUGUGAAUGUCCCAGAUGUGCCCUGCAUUACUACUGCUGAAUAUCUGUCUCAUGAUUUAAAUGUGGUUGUCCAGCCUGUGAUGCAGAGAGAUGAAAAUCUGAAUGCCUCACAAAUUGAAGUGACUACACAUGAAAAUCCAGAGACUGACACAGGGAUUAAUGAUGGAAGCACUGAAGCUGCCAUGACAUUACUUGCAAUGGGAGAUCCAAUGUUUCAGUUAAAAAUAAGCACUCAAGGAAGGACACAGGUGUUUCCUGAUCAAGAUGAAUUGCACAUGGCUGAUAGCCUCAUAAACCAGCCUAAUACAGAGCAAAAUGCGGCCCCAAGUAAUCAGUCACUUUCUUCACCUACUAAUAAUGAACUGGUUCCCUCAGAGGAUGGAAACAAAGUCAUUCUACAGGACCAAAGUUCUGGAAAAGAAGCAAGUGUAGAAAUUUUUUUUAAGGAAGAUGCUGCACCCAGCAGUGAUCACCCUGUGCCCAAAGUGAAUAGUACACCAAGGUUUGCAAGAUGCAGACUUCCUAAGCCUAAACCAAAUCUUAGCAGAGUACUGGGAACAAACAGGAAUGUUCAUCAGAAAUCUCUUAGUCCAAAUGCUGAUGUGGAGCAAUUCAAGCAGGUUCAAAGUGAGGGGAAAGCUCUAAGAGAGACCACAGAAGAGCAGGAAGUGGAUUUAGAAUGGAAGGUCAGACCAGCUGAGAACAGUUCUGCAGGUCUGCAGAAUUUUGGAUCUGGAAGCACAGACCUUGCUGAGACAGAAAACAAGACAAGAGAGACUUGGGAAGCUUCAGUGGAGUUAAAAACUCCUAUAAAAUCUCCAAAAGCAGAGAUUUUCCUACCUGGGCUAGAGAAUGAUCCUAAUCAAAGUUCUACUGGUGUCCUUCCUGAAAAUAAGCCUGGUACUGUUAUGCACAACUUGCAUGAAGUUCAGUUGACGCAGACUGAGGCAGUUACACAGGAGUUUCAACAGCAAUACAUAACCAGCACAAAAGAAACUUCAGUGAAUGGAAGUGGUAAUGAAUAUCCAGAGGAGGCGGAGGAACAGACUUUUAUUUUAACAUUGGUGGAAAUUCCAGCUGACUCUAGAGAGUACCAUGACGCAUCUAUGUCACUAGAACAAGCUUUGGAACCAUUGCUGCCAGCCCCCAUACUUCUCACUCCAGUGAAUACAGGCUUAGCUAAUGUGAUGGGAGAGCAGAGCAGUGGAUCACUGACCACUACAGUUGAUAAAGCUGCUACCUCUUUAGACAACUGUACAGGACCAGAAGGACUGCAGAGAGCAUCAAUAGAGACAUUUACUAAUUUGGAUCAGACAUCUUGGAAAAGGCAUGCUAUUGAUAUUGAAGAAAGUGACACUCCUCCUGCCAAGCGAACUCCUUCUACCUCAGCAGAGGAUAAUCUGGCAAAUACUUACAAGGAGUCUUCAGUUAAAUCAACACAUGCUCCAAGGAAAAUUGCUGGGAGAAUUUCUGAAAAACGGAAAACUUCCAAGAAGAAAAAACUACCUACCUCUAUAUCUGUAUCUAAAACUGCAGAAAGAGGGCAAUCUGAAUCGUUUCAGAAAUUAGGAACUACACCAGUUGAGGAAUCGGCAUGCAAGUGUUCAGAUGAGUUGGUGUCUGGAAUGGACCAUGAAGGAAAAGAAGAAGCAAAUGAGCAAGAAAGUUCUAUGGAUAUUUGUGAAUCUGGACGUUCAGGACAUGUUGAGAGCACAGCUGCCCUUUCAAGAAGCCCGAUGCUAAGGGCUGGCCGAAGACCUCUGGGAUUUUUAUCUUUAAUUUGCAAAUCAAGUAAUGCUGAACCUGGAGAGGGUGCUAAAGGGAAUAGACAGAGACCCCAAAAACCUCUCAUAGCUGCCUCAAAGCGAAGUCUGAAAAGACCCACUCCAUCUGCUGAGAACAGUACAGACACUCAAGAGUCCUGUUCUCUUCCCUCUACAAGCAUGUUGACGUCUGCUGAAUGUGAGAAUAUAGGCACUGCUGCAGUUCAGGCUUCUUCGGAGUCUUCUGAAAAGCAAGCUUCCUAUACUAAACAACAGGAGAAAGAAGAGGAGCCAACCAGAAUCUCAGAAUAUUUUUUCAGUGAUAUCUUUAUGGAGGUGGAUGAUUCAGAAUAAACCUCUGGGAUCCAAGAAUGCAGUGUAACAGCAGAACUGUAUAUAGAUGAGUUGCUGUGAAUUCUCCUUUGUUCUUCCUUAGUCCUAAUUUAUUACCAGCCUCACUAAUGAAGAAUAACA